CUUGUUCUUUGCGUCUCCCGGCCGGGCCUCCGAUCCGCUCACCACGCCCCACGGAUCGUGUAGCACCAGCAGCAUUUGCAUCCUCAUCUUCCAGACGUGGAAUCUGGCGCCCCCGAAGGAUUUCUCGCGGAAAUGCGGCCUCGGGAGCUUCGAUCGGGGAGGAUUUCGAGUUGUCAGCGACGGAUUGGGGCGUGUCGAGGCUGGAUCGCUCCGCCGGAUCAUCGCCACAAAAUCUCCAGCGGUGCCUGGCACAAACACGAGAGAUUUCGCAAGAAAUACACGGCGUCGCGUGAUUUCACCUCGGCGGCUCGGAUUCCACAUCGAAUCGAAGAGAGGAAGGAAGAUCGCCUGGAGUUUGAGAAGAAGGACGCGAGAGCACGAGCGAAUAUUUUGCUCCAUCUCGAGGACAGGCAGCUAAUGCAGGUGUGGCACACGACGUCAGCGAAGCAGGCAUGGGAUCUCCUGGGCGAGAUGUUGGGAUUUAGGGUUCUAGCGGCCGGAUAGAUAGAAAGAAUGCUAGUGGCGCGUCCACAGCUAGCGCUUUGGCGCAGUGGUAGAGGCUGGAAUUCUUCGUCGGUUCCAGCGAGAAUUCUGGCCAGGGGAACUCACGCAUUGGGCGAGUACCAUGGCACUAUCCCGGAGGAGACCGUGAGCACUAGAAUCGACGUGUGGCUCUCGGGUCAGCUCCCGCAUACCAGUCGAGCUCGCGUCCAAGACAGCAUUCGUAAGGGGCUUGCUCUUGUCAAUGGGAAAACCAUCACCAAGCCUUCGUUUCCUGUCAUUGGUGGUGACGAAGUUGUCUGUACGCUCUGCGGUGCUGCUCCUUUGGAAGCUACCCCUGAGAGAAUUCAGCUAGACAUUGUUCAUGAAGAUGAUCAUGUGAUUGUUGUCAACAAGGCUGCCGAUAUGUUUUCACAGGUUGUGCAUCCGGCUCCAGGACAUUACGGUGGGACUUUGGUGAAUGCUAUCCUCCAUCACUGCGGGCUUCCUGCUGUCGAGGUUUCUCUUCCAGUGAUGAUGGACGAGGAAUCCGAUGACGAUGAAGGAGAGGAGCUGAGUGAAAAUGGAGACCAAGACUAUGAGAAAGAUGAAGUUGAGGUACACAAAGCUAGAGGCGAGACUCCUUCAAGAUUUCGGGGUCCGAGACCGGUGAUAAGGCCUGGGAUUGUGCAUAGACUGGACAAAGGUACCAGUGGACUCAUCGUCGUUGCAAAAGAUGAACAGUCCCAGCUGAGUUUGAGCGAGCAAUUUAAAUCUCGGAAAGUCCGAAGAACCUAUCUGAGUCUUACGUGUGGUACACCUUCAACGACGAGCGGCCGCAUUGAGGCUGAAAUCCUUCGUGAUCCGCGAGAUAGGAAACGCAUGACGACGUCAGAUACUGUUCCAUCCGCCCGAAAUGCGCGUUUUGCUGCAAGCAGGUACAAAGUUCUAGACGUUCUCGCAAAUGGUGGUGUGGCUCUUGUUCAGUGGAAGCUGGAGACAGGGAGAACUCAUCAAAUAAGAGUUCAUGCACGUUACAUGGGUUUCCCGCUGCUUGGGGAUGAUGUGUAUGGAGGAACAGUGGGAAAAGCGAAUUCGACUCUAUUAUCCGCUCUAUGCGCGACUAAAACGAACAGCCGAAAGAAGAUUCACGAGUUCACAUCGGACAUUCGUCGCCCUUGUCUGCAUGCCUAUAGCCUCGGGUUCGAGCACCCUGCCACAGAAAAGUACGUCCACUUCACAUGUCCUCCUCCAGAAGACUUCGAGGAGGCAUGGACAAGGCUCCGAGACAUGAAACCGGAAGCAUAACUUUCAGCGUUGGUGGCUUUGGACACCACCGAAGCCUCUCUGGACCAUAUCAUCUAGGAGCUCGCGAGCGUCCUCAUCGCGAUUGGCCUUACGAAACGCAUCAAUGAGAAGGUUAUAAGUCCCGAUGUUUGGAACACAGCCCUUCUCUAUAUACCCGCGAGCUCGAUCAAGCAUACCAGCAUUGCAAAGGCCAGUAAUCAAUGUGGAAUACGUUA